CUCAGAUUGUUGUUGCUUUAGGGGUUCACCUUUCCACGCAUCCCUCCUCUCACAACUACUACACACUUUCGACACAUCGUUCUGAAAAUAGUGAUCAGAAAUUCGUUAUUAUACGCUUUUGAGUGAAGGCCUUCUGUUGGUGGCUUGUUGUGUGCGAUUUGGUUCAAGUUGUGGGUGAAGGGGGAAAAGUACCUAGCGACGCAACUCUCAACCUCAGCUUUGCGACUUUGCUCUGAACAAGCAACUCUAGCCGGCCACCCUCAACCUCAACACCUCCUACUGUGCACACUCUUGGAUCUGGCAACGAACCUCGCGCAAACUCUCAUUGUCUUUGCAGCCUUUCGCACAGCAGCAUGGCCUUCAACCUGGGCGCCAAAGGUGGCAUGCUGAUACCCGAUUCCCCCGCCGUCAAGAGACAGAAAACCAAUGGCGGAUACAACGAUUCGACUUCGAACUCGCCUGCAGUUACUAGAUAUAAUUCGGAGGAGGAUAGCGGCGAUGAUCUGCUCGCGGGAUAUGUUCCUGACACACCAAAGCGACCACAUGAGACGCAAGCAACUCAGAUAAUUGCGAAGGGUCUAACGAGUGCCUACGAGACUCAACCAACACAACUCCUCUCAAAGCCCACCUCUGCCUUUGAAACCCAACCUACUCAAAUCUUAGGAAGACCUCCAGUUUUUGAGACUCAACCGACACAAAUCCUUGAUCGUGUUGCGUCUUCACCUGCGACUCCAGCGAGUGUACAAGUCCCAGUCUCUUCACCAUUUACAGGUCGCGACCAACCUACACCGAAGCAGCCCACACCACAGCAAAAGCAGAAUGCUUCCGUCCCACCACCAAGAAGUCUGGCUUCUUCCAUGGCACCUGCCGGUACGGCAUAUAAACCACCUGCGGGUAUCAUUACCAAACCUACGCCAUUCUCAAUUGACCUGCUCGACUCGGACGAAGAUGAUGGACCAAAAUUCGCAGGAGGAGACUCGGAUAGCGAUGAUGGUAGAUUGGCCAAGGCGAAUAUCAAACCUUCAACAUUUGCACCGAGAAGUGUAGGCGAUGGUUCAUUUGGUUCAAUGAGUGGUAAUAGUGUCCGACCUGCUAGUGCUUUUUCGUCUAGAAGUAACCCCACUGUAUCGAGAGGAAAUGCCAAGUUCAAUGAGAUUGUCAAGAAUGCGGCUUAUAGACCUGGACAACAGAAUAGACCGGAUCGAGCUCGACCAAUUCUGGAUAUUAGUAUGAGGGAGAUCACAAAUGGCGAUAUUCGAGACAACAUUUACAGAAUCCGAGAAGUGUUCCCUAGUACCACUGUUCAUACUGCAAGAGAGGCUCUUUUAAAUUGCCGGGGUAAUCUUGACGACGCUAUGAAUAUGAUUGCGAAGGCAAGCGAGGAUGUACAGGUUAUUUCGGAUGAUGAGCUCUCUAGGCCCACGACUUUCCCACCAAAGCAAGAACCUCAAAUGAAGAGAGGACUGGACAUGCCAACCAAAUCGAUCAGAGACAAGUAUUCAUCGACGCAAGCCAUGAGUGCCCACAGACCAGGUCCAAGUACUCCAGUUGCCAAUCAGAAAAAGAGAAAACUCAUGAAGGGGCGCAAGAAUGUUACUCCUGGGGACCCAUCACCUGCCAAGCCAAUUACUGUGGAAGAUGAUGAAGAGGAACCGAUUGCUCUCGAUUAUGAGACUGAUGAUUCUGCAAUUGCUUCGGAAGAGGAAGAGGAUCCUGAACUUGAGGCUAGACUCUUGAAAUAUCUCAAUUCCUGCAGUGUCGAGGAACUUGUAGAGCUUACGAAUAUUACUACGGAGAGUUCAGAAAUGAUGGUUGCUGCUCGCCCUUUUAGAAGCCUGGACGCUGCAAGAGCAGUUGAGAAUUCGAAGCCCUUGAAAAACGGACGAAAAAGCACGAAAGCUCCUAUUGGUACUAAGAUUGUUGACACUGCCCAGGAUAUGUUUAGUGGUUACGAAGCAAUUGACAUUCUGGUUUCGAGAUGCGAGGCUCUUGGUAAACCACUUGCAGAGGAAAUGGCUACUUGGGGAUUUGAUGUUUUCGGUGCUUCCAAGGAUGGAGAGCUCGAAAUGACUUCACUUGAGGACGAGGAUGUACGCGACUCUGGUAUUGGAUCUCCUACUAGCACUGGAUCGCCCAAGGAUGAUGACGAGAUUCGAACUGCGACUCGAAAGCGAAGUCAUGCCAACUUUCUCAAGAAACCAAACAUGAUGGCCGAUGACUGCGUACUCAAAGAUUACCAAGUCGUUGGUCUGAAUUGGCUCGCAUUGAUGUACAGACGGAAGUUGAGUUGUAUUUUGGCUGAUGAAAUGGGUCUUGGAAAAACUUGUCAGGUUAUUGCGUUUUUGUCUCAUCUUGUGGAGAGUGGUAACCCUGGCCCUCAUUUGGUUGUUUGUCCUGGAUCUACUUUAGAGAAUUGGCUACGGGAGUGUAAUCGCUUUGCUCCGCAGCUUGUAGUUGAGCCUUAUCAUGGUAUGUAUUUCUUUUUUGUAUGAAGAUAUCAGGCUAACGAAACCCAGGUCUUCAGAAGGAACGGGUUGAGAUGGCUCAAGCUAUUUUGGACAAUCGUCGUGAAAUUAAUAUUGUAGUCACUACGUAUGAUAUGGCGCAGAAGAAAGAGGACAAUAAAUUCAUGAGACGCCUGAAUCCUGAUGUAAGCUUUCCAGCCUUUUCAUUAUCUUUUGGGCUCCUUCUGAUGUUAGCAGGUAUGCGUGUAUGAUGAGGGUCAUUACUUGAAGAAUGUCAAUUCCCUCAGAUACCAAGGUCUCGUCAAAAUCCCGGCGACAUUCAGACUUCUUCUUACUGGAACGCCACUUCAAAACAAUCUCCAAGAAUUGGCUGCAUUGUUAGCAUUCAUCAUGCCCACCGUUUUCCAGGAGCGAGCUGAAGACUUGAACUACAUCUUCAAGGCCAAGGCAAAGACUGGAGAUAAGGACCAUGCUGCUUUACUUUCAGCCCAGAGAAUCGCUCGAGCAAGAUCUAUGCUUACGCCUUUCGUUCUUCGUCGAAAGAAGGCUCAAGUCUUGAAGCAUCUCCCUUCCAAGACAUGCCGGGUAGAAUACGCAACCUUGCAUGAAACUCAAAGGAAGAUUUAUGAUGGGCAUAUCAACCAAGCUCGAGAGCGAGCUCGUCUUCGUGUUGAGGGCGCCAAGAUCCCAAAGAAUGCUAACGAUGAGAAUAAUCCUUUGAUGCAACUCCGAAAGGCCGCCAUCCACCCUAUGUUGUUUAGACGGCAUUUUACGAAUGAGAAGAUCGAAAAGAUGGCCGAUAUCUUACGUAAAAAGCUUCCGGGUGAUUUUCCUUCUGACAAGAACCACAAACGAGAGCAUCUGAUUGAAGAGAUGCGAUCAGGUUCCGACUUCUGGUUGCAUCGCUGGUGUUACGAUUUUGAAUGCAUUAGAAAAUUCGACGUCCCCGAUCUCGAAUGGAUGAAUUCCGGCAAGGUUGAAUCUAUGCUUAAGCUCGUCAAGCAAUACAAGGAAAACGGUGACCGCGUCCUUAUCUUCUCGCAAUUUGCACUGGUUCUUGAUAUUCUCGAAGCGGUCUUCAACUCGUCCCUUAUUGUCUUCACCCGUAUCGAUGGAUCAACUAAAAUCGACGAACGCCAAUCCCUUAUUGAUACCUUCCGCGAUGACGAGUCGAUUACCGUCUUCCUCCUUACCACUAAAGCGGGAGGCACGGGUAUCAAUCUUAUGUAUGCUAACAAGGUUAUUAUCUUUGAUGGCUCGUUCAAUCCGCAAGACGAUCGACAGGCGGAGAAUCGAGCGCAUCGUGUUGGUCAAACAAGAGAUGUUGAGGUUGUUCGACUAGUGACGAAGAAUACGGUUGAGGAGGCGAUCUAUGCGUUGGGACAGAGUAAGCUGGAGUUGGAUGGUAGAGUGGCAGGUGAUGAUGAGGCGGCUGCGGAGGUGGCGGGGGAGAAGGCUGUUAGUAAGAUGUUACUAGAGGGCAUUGGGCGCGAGGACGAAGAAGACAAGAAGCCCGACAAGGAUGUGAAGAAGGUAGAGGAGAAGAAAGAUGGGGAUGAGAAGGUCCAGGAGACGACGAAAAAGGGGGAGAAGGAGAAGCUUCCUGGACGGCAGAAGUCGAUUGUUGAUAUGAUGGCGGGUUCUUCUUCUUCUAGUCAAGGUCAAGCUAAAGGAAAGGAGAAAGCGGAUGAGGAUUCAAAAGGAGAUGCUUGUUUGAGAAGGCUUUGGAUGUAGUGGUGCAUGGUGCAUGGUGCAUGGAAUGGGAUGAACUUGGGCUGGGCUAGUCUAUUGUUGUGGAAAAGAGAUGAGAUGUGAUGAGAUGAGUCUUGUUUUUUUAAUAUCGUUCUUUUUCUUUUCUUUCUGAAAAAGAGAAAGUUGUGCGUUUGUUAGAUGGAUGGGUGGGAGUGGGGAAUUGGAGUCGUGGGCGUUGUCUUUCUGUCCUUUUUUCUUCUUUUUUUUUCCCUUUACGCGAUGAGGAAGCCACCUACAUAGUCGUGGGCGUUGUCUUUCUUUCUUUCCUUUUUUUCCCCCUUCAUUUACGCGAUGAGGAAGCUAUUUACAUCUACACUUACCCUUGUGUGGUUGUGGGUUGUGGGAUGAGGGUGUGGGUGUGGGUUCAUCUGAAUCUUCUCUUUCCCCUUCCUUGUGUUGCCCUCGUGUUGUGAGGGGUGGCUGGG